AUGGCACGGGAAGACCCGUGCCAUGGAGAGAGCAACACGUCUCACCGGGCCCUGCCUCUCCAGAUGCCAGCCAAACUUUAUCUUCGCAACCUGAAGGUGGAUUAUGCCGACAAUAUUUACACGUUGCUUCGGCAGUACCUGUCACUGCGCAAGAUCUGCACUGUGUUACUGAAGGACGUCUUUCAAGCAGUAAAAAUGUCUGCAAAGUGUCUCUACCCCUCCCCCUCCAAUUCUUCUGCAAUCAGGUUACUGUUGAAAGCUUUCAUGGCCAGAGUUAAUCAGCUGUUUUGGGGUUUUGUGGGCUGCGUGGCUGCGGGCUGCACUGCGGGAACGGCCGUCCCCUACCAGCCACCCUCGGCACGACACCGUCGCGACUACAUCUCCCAUCACACCGCGGACGCCGUUGGCUUGACGCACGUUCGACGCGUUGCGGGAGUUGUAGUCCGCGUUGCUCCUCUGCGCACGGCAGGCGUCGGCCUCCGGACUACAUCUCCCAGAACGCCGAGCGGCUCCGUGGCCCCGUCUUUCUCGACCGCCCUACCCGCGGCAGGGCCGAGCCGAGUAAAAUGGCUGCCGCAGAGGCCGGGCCCUGGCAGUGUCGGCGGCAGUGGCCGAGCCUCCUCUUCUUUUUUUGCUGAAAGGAGGCGGGUGGAAGGGCCUUGCUUUGCGGUGCGACCGGGAUUUGCAGUUCUUGCAGACAUGGAAGAGGAAGAGAAUCGACACCCUCCAGUAAGGGAGGAUCCCGCACGAGGUGGGGAGAAGCCAGCCGCCGAACCGUCUCUUGAUGCAGAUUGGGACCAGUCGGGGGCCUUCUGUGCUGGCCAAGUUAUCAUUUUGAAAGCUUUGCAGCAAGCCAUGGGCAGCGGCUUGGCACCUGAACGGCAGGACCCAGCCAGUGAGAAAGAUGCUGAGUGCAAGCAAACAAACCGAAGGAAAUGGUGCCGGAGCUCCAGAUCUGAAGGACUUGGAGGAAGUUGGCUGGGAACAGGGGAUCCUGCGUUGGUCUGUGAUAGGAACCCCCCGAUGGGUGAGGUUUUUGAGGCUCCUUGUUCUGCUGCAGUACCUGCCUUGGCUGGAGUUCUGGAUUACCUGGAAUGGGCUUGCCAUUUGCCACAGGAAGUAGAAAGCUCCUUUGGGACCCAGGCAGUUUAUGGGGAAGAAGGUCUGGAAGAAGUGGAGCUGGUGGCUGAAGUCCGGCUGGGGGACGUUGGUGCCUUGUCGGGCGUCCUUAGAAGAGAUCGGUCCUGGAGGAUGCAGAAGUCUGUCUGCCUUGGACCAUCAGCACCUUGCUGGAGAGGAAGGAGGGACUGCCCCGUCGGCCACUCUUCCCUUCUAGAACAGCCCCGCCCUCUGAACCCACACAGGACUCUGUCAGUAGUGGACAAAGGCUUUUGGACUUCUGCUUUAGCCAGGAGUGAGGUUUUGCAGUCCCCCAAAGCAAAGAGGACUUCUCCUUCACCUUUUCUGGGCAUGACUCUGGGCACUGGCAUGGGGAUCUCCAAUGGGGGGCAGCAGCGCCCACAGGGUGCCACAGGUCAUGAAGUCCAUUCCCAGCCUGCUCCCCAACCGCCUGCCAACCUCUUUGAUAGGAUUCCAGUCCUCCCUUCUUCGCUCUGCUCUUCAUCAACAUCCUCGGUGUCCCGCCAUCAGGGUCUCCCUGGCGAAGGAGGCAGCGGCGGCUCAGUCAAUCCCUGCCCUGCGAUGCGUUCCCCAGACCUGGAUAUUUAUGAUCCCUUCCACCCUACUGACGAGGACAACCUGAAUGGCGAUUUCAGCUUUGGCGACUCGCCCCACAAAGAGACCGAGGGUGGCCGGCAUGACCAGAAAUACGACCCCUUUGACCCCACGGGCUCCAACCCCAGUUCUUCUGCUAGCACCCCCUCUCCUGAGGAAGAUGACGAUGACGACGAGGAAGAGGAGGAAGACGACCGUGACCAGCUCCCUCCAGAUAUGUCCCACAGCAUCAGCCGCAUCUCAGAAACUUUGGCCGGGAUCUACGACGAGAACAGCUUGAGUCAAGACUUCCCCAGCUCAGACAAAGGGCAAGACGAUUCGGAACCCGAAGCAGAACCUGCCAGGGAUUAUGAGAGUGAGUCGGUCGGUCCCGCUGAGCCCCCUGAGGGCAAGGAGCCACCCUGUGCCGACUCCACGCUGGCUGAGGACCUCCCUCCAGAACAGAUGGAGGCUAAAGUUCCUGAGCCACGCCGAAGAGUCUUUGUGGUAGAUUUAGCUCCUAAAGGUCGCUUGGAUGCUGAAGCAAAGCCUCAGCUAGAGGGGAAAGUGUCCUUGGAGGUCGUGACUGUUGGAAAUGCCAAGUUGAGGACUGGGGAGAAGGCCUCAAAGGGGAGCGGGCAUCAUCGGGGCGGGCGCCGGUCCUCGAUGGAAUGGGAUGGAAGUGGAGGUGGGGACUCAGAAAUCGAGGAAGGAGUGGUGGAAUGAGCCCGCAGCCAGAAGACUCUAGAGGUAUAGCCCCCAUCCCGACCGGUUCCGAGCAGGUGCCAUACUGCAGAGCAGCAGCACCCUGGCGCGGGCGUGGUGGAAGAGGAUGACUUCCUGUCGUUUCUGCACUGCACUCAGAUGGACGUAUGAGGCGCCUUACAGAUCGACUUCAGCGAGAACCAGCCUGACCCCCGUUGGAAGGGGGUGGAUCUGAGGCGGAAGAUCCUGACCCAGCGCCGAGAACGCUACCACCGCGCCCCGUCCCCCUUGCCGCCGCCUCCGCCGCCCCCUGCCCCCAAACGCCCUGCUUCUAAAUCCCACUCUGGUUCCAGCUCUGGCUCGUGUAAGAAAUCAAAAAGGGAGCGCAAAAGGUCGCGAGAACACAAGGCCUCUAAAACCAAGGAGUCGUUUGCCUCUUCGUGGAACCCAAAGAAGAAAUCUAAGUCACGCUCCAAAUAGCGGAACCACUGGCGCUUUCAUCGCCAAGGCCACAGGACCUCCCGUUCCCGCUCACACCACCGAACCUCCCGCCUCCUGGUAAGCGCCUCGAUCAGCACUGCUACGCUGUCAGCGGUCGGGUUCCGCGAUGACACCUCUGCUGCGCGAGCCGUGAAAGAGCAGGGCGUCAAGUCGAAGGAGAAGCCGACGGGUCGCUGCGUCCCCGAUCGCACAUGCAGCAGCCUCUCGCACUCCACCGCAGCAGGCACAAAAGACAAGCACCGGGAGACAGCAGCAAGAAGAAGAAGAAACGCCUUCGCCCUUACGCGCCAUGAGAAGCAUCCUUCCCGUCGCUGCUUAUCCGCUAGGACAAGGGAACGUGGGAGCCGGGAGGUCCACCUCUUUGGACCUAACCCGCCGGAAAAGGUCUUGAUGGAAGAGACGGAGAGGCAGCCGCCGCGAUCUGUGGGUGCCCCUCCGGCUUCGCUGCAAGACCUCAACGGUCACAAUGACCUCUUUCACCAUUAAAAGCUGACCAUUUAUCACGGCCAACCAGCAAAGAGAAAAUGGAGAGAGCUCUGCUGGAAGACGCCAGAAAGGGCUUAAACGGGAAGUGCUCUAACCACUCCAGGGAUGAGUUCGGCUUUGCUUCUCGGACCAUGCUGGCUUCGCCGAGGGGAAUCCAAAUCUGGCGGUUCUCGUUCAGCCGUCAAGGAGGACACGGUCCCGUCCCGCAAGGACAAGCGGCCUGAGGAGGAUACCAAGCAGAAGGAACGCAAGGAGCAGAACGCAAGAGCGCCGCACCUACCCGAGUGGACCCGGCCAGGUGCCCGCUGCGACAAGUACAAAAAGAAGCUGAAAGAGGCGCCUCCCUGUUCAGAGCAACAGGAAUUGCCCAAGGCGGAAAAGAAAGCCCGACCCGAUCGGGACAAGGGCGGGAAGAAAAUCAAAGCCGGAAGCCACAAGGAGAGCGGCAAGCUUGGCUCAGGCCGGAAGGUGAAACUCCAGUCUAAGGUAGCUGUACUGAUCCGGGAAGGCGUCAGCAGCACUUCACCGCCAGGUGAAGCAGGUUGGAUCCAUCGCGGGAGCCUGGUCAGCCAGCUGAGCAAGGAGAGCCGGUCGCCUUUCCUCAAGUCAGAGGAGAAGGUGCACGAUAGUCCGGGAGAAGCUUCGCAGGGCGGCCAGGGGAGGAUGGCCAGCGUCAAAGAGCCCGGCUUCAAAUCCAAGAAAGUCAAAGGACUGACCAGCGCCAAGAUGGGCGGAAGUUAGGGGGCUGGAAGGGGCUCUGCCGGGAAAGGUGCCUCGGAGCCCAAGAAAAAGAAGAAGCUCAAGGUGAAGACAGGGUUGAAGAAGUCCAAAGCAGACAGCUGCAGCCAGGGGGCCAGCAGCCCUUUGAGGGUCGGGCGGGAAAAGAACCCUCAUGGUCCGGGCUCUGGAGAAGUCCCGAGGAGUGGGGACGCCCAAGCAGCACUGAGCCCUCUCAGCCGCUUAGCUCCGGCUGCAGGGUUUCACUCCGACUCCCAGACUGUGGACAGCGGCUGCAAGGGAUCGCCUCGGCUGUCUCCUUCCUCCCCUGAAGACCCCCGGGCUGGAGCCGCCUAAGAGUGCUUCCCAGAUGAGCCAGAAGCAUGACAGCUUGUCCGAGACCAAAGAGGGCAGUGUUUAGCACAGCCGAAGCCACCCCACACCUCACAAGCAUCUGCCUCGCACCCAUCUGCUCCCAUGUCUUGGAACCUGCAGGGUGGAGUGGACUGCACCAGUGGAGUGCUGGCAUUAACUGCCCUGCUCUUCAAGAUGGAAGAGGCCAACCUUGCAAGCCGGGCAAAAGCCCAGGAGCUUAUUCAAGCAACCAACCAGAUCCUGCACCCACAGCAAGCCUUCAACCCUCCCUGGGCCUCUCUCCUUAACCACCGCACUUCACCCACCCGCUCAGAAAUGCACCUGGUCAGUACUAAUCUGUCUCUCAGUAAUCUGCUUCUAGAGCUCCUUGCCGAUGGGAGGUUGUGGUUUCAACACCCCCCUGCACCUCAUGGUGGGGUGAUGCCGGUGGGUUGGAGCCGAGUGUCCAGCAGGCCUCCUCCACAGCUGGCAUCUUUGCUUCCUCUUCGGGGUCACUGCACCGAUUUGACGGCAGCACCAGCUCUGAUGUAUGCGGGUGAUGAUAAGUACCUGAAGAAGCUUCACACCCAAGAGCGAGCCGUGGAGGAAGUGAAACUGGCUAUUAAACCUUAUUACCAGAAAAAGGAGAUCACCAAGGACGAAUACAAGGACAUUCUGCGCAAAGCCGUCCACAAGAUCUGCCACAGCAAGAGCGGAGAAAUCAAUCCGGUCAAGGUGAACAACUUAGUGAAGGCCUACGUCCAGCGAUACAAGUACUUUCGAAAACACGGGCGUAAGAUGGAUGAGGAGCCAGGUCCCCCCAAGGAAAUGGGGGGGUUGGACAAGUCUGGCUUGCCCAUGCCCCCGCUCUGAUCUGCUCCGAUGUGGAAAAAACAAAAUCAAAAGGGGCCCUUCUUUUAUGCAAAUAGGCUUGGCUGAGCUCCCUAGCUCCCCCCGUUACCGUGGGGUGUGGACGGAAGGGUUGGGGCGACUUUUUUUUGUUUGUUUGUUUGGGAGGGGUGGCAUUUGGAGAGUGCAGUCCUUGUUCAUCUGCUACCUGCCCCCCCCCGCCCCCUCUCCUCCCCUCCCACACUUUCAGCUUUUAGCCACAAAAUCAACGUGUGUUUUACCCUGUAAAUAGAAGAUGGAAGAGGGCGGGGCUGAUUUUUAGUUCCACCGCUCUGGAUCCCCCCACGACGAAUCGGCGGACGUCGUUCCUUCUCCCCACCUCGUUUUUACUCAUUUAGCAUGUUUUUAAGUUGACGGUUUUACUCUCGCCCUCCCACUACCACCUGCAUUUGAGAAGCGGCGGCACCACGGCGGAUAGAUGGCAACUUCUUGCCGAGGUUGGGCAACACCCCCCCUACUGCAGUUGUAAGUUUGUCUGUCAUAUUCCCCCGCCCCCGCCCCCCUUUAUUUCCCUUUCUCUUCAUAAAACUGCAUUUAGCCAUCUAAAA